GGUUCGGACUGAGGUUGAGUAGCUUGAUGCAGCUGCCAUAUAAAACGCGGCGUGUCGUCCACUUCAAGUGAUUCACAAGCUUAGUUACUUUUUGUUCACCUCGAGAUACACUCACAAAAUGGCCAACGAUAUUCUAGAACCGACAAAUUUGGCUGAGUUCAAGCAGAUGCUGAAGGAUGCUGGAGACAAGCUGGUUGUGGUGGACUUCACAGCCACCUGGUGUGGCCCUUGUAAAAUGAUCGCCCCUAAAUUCCAUGCUCUGGUGUCAAAGCCUGAGAACAAGAACGUGGUUUUCAUGAAGGUGGACGUGGAUGAAGCUGAUGAUGUCAGUAGAGAAUGCAAGGUCACCAGCAUGCCCACUUUCCACUUUUACAAAAAUGGAAAAAAGGUGGACGAGUUCUCCGGCGCCAACGUUGAAAAGCUGCACGCAACACUGGAAAAGUGGAGAACAUAAAAUCCCGCCGACCAAUCCACUGUCCCUCCUCGUAUCAACACCACCGCCUCCCUCUGCACAUGUAUAAGAAACUCAAGUUACUAGUCGUGUAACCAUCACAUCUCUCAUUCCACACAGGCUGCGAUCUUGACUGGCUGAAAUUAGGAUUAAAACCCGAUGACCACUUUUAAUUCUGUUUUUCUAUGAGUGAUUGGCUUUGCUCCUGACUCCCUCGUACGUUGUGUUCAAGGUGGAUUUAAUAAAUGAAGAUGAGUUACUGGAA